UGCAAAAUAAACUAAAAUCGCUUGGGUGUGACCUUACCACAAAUGUAUUUAAAAAUAAGUAUUAACAAAUAGUUUAUGUGGUUUAAAAGUAAUAAAAAACGCACUUAAUCUAAAUGAAGUUGGGACAAUAUAUUAUUAAUUGUACAUCUUUAAAUCCCUGUGAUCCUAUUUGACAGAUAUGCCGUCUUUAAGAAAAAGAGUUUCCACUUAUUUAAGACAACUGUCGUUUCAUAAUGAACCAAGGGAUAAAAAACAUCACAUAAAUGAAAAUUCGUUUGUUACCAAAUAUUUACAGGGUCAAAUAACCUUGAAAGAAGGCCCACCCUGUAUAUAUGGCAAAAAUCCGACCGAUUUACCAAAUUACGAACUGGGAAAAUAUGAGAGUGGAUCAGACACAGUAAUCGGUUGUUAUUCAGGGCCAAACGGUGGUUUAACAACUGUGAAGAGAAUUGAGAAACAUUUAUCUGUACUGGAUGCUGAUAUUGAUUUUAUUGAUACCACUGAUGAUGUUGUACCGCCAACAGUAUCCCCGAAAAAAUCUCCAGUCAGAAAAGCAGGGCAGCCAAUUGACAACACGAAAAUGGUGAUCAAAGUUGCCGGUAACGAAUAUUGCGUUACUAAUCAACCGAAAAAAACGCAUAACAAAAGCCACAGUUUGGGUAGUUUGGGGGAUUUUAACAUUGAGAUAGAAAAAACCAGAAUUGAUAGAGAUUCAUACAUUAGUAACAAUAACUGCGAAAAAUUUGAGUCUCUACAUCCGGAGAAAGAAAAUUGUGAUAAAAUAAAAAUAAAACAAAAAGAUGCAAAAACAAGUGAAGUUACCAACACCAACACUACCACUACAACAACUAAUAAUAAUAAACCUAACCUCAAAAAAGGUUCAAAUACUAGAAAACCAAGUGUAGACUCCGUAAGGCUAAAAACUACUGCAACUAAUAAUAGAUCAACAAAAGAUGUCUGUGAUAAAAAACCCAUAGAAAAUUAUAGUUUAGCAAAAUCUAAAUCGGAAGGUAAUCCAUUCAAUAACAAGAGGAGGGGAAAAAUUAUUAAAAUAACUGAAAGGCCCAACAUACAGGCUGAAGAAACAAGCGAAAUCUCCAACGUGCCCGCGAUUGUUAUCAACGAUUCACGCUUGCCAACGGAAUGGAACAAAAAAUCCGACCACAUAUACGGACUGUCAGAUUCGCUAUACGACAGAAAUCAGGUCACCAAAAACAAAAAUGGCGACCCGAUAGCCGAUUGUUUCGGUAUUAUCGCUAGAAAUGAUUCCGCCAUCCUGGCGGUUGCUGACGGUGUAAAUUGGGGUGAAAAAGCUUGCAUUGCUGCCAAAUCGGCGGUACACGGUUGUCUGCAUUACCUAGACAAAACCAUUUUCAACGAUACCAAACCUUUCGAAAGUUUGACCGUAAAAACCGAAGAUUCAGCUCCCAAUAGUCUAAAUGCUGAUAUAGCGAGAAAUGAGAAUCUCAUCAAAAAUACCAGAGAGGUUUUCGUGUGUCUAUUGAGGGCUUUCAAUUGCGCCCACGAUCUAAUUUUGGAGAACAAAGGUAUGUUAACCACUUUGACGGUCGCCAUAGUUCUUCCGUUGCGUCAAAAGAUGGUGCUGGGUUCGCAGGAAGACGCCACGCGUUACGUUUGUUGCGUUUGCAAUGUAGGCGACACUUUAGCGUACGUUUAUUCGCAAAAAUACGGCGUUAGAGAACUAACGAAAGGAUCUCACGACAUAAAUUGUAACAGAGACAUGAGAGACGCUUUGGGAGCUCUUGGUCCUGUCGACGGUAUAAAUCCAGAACUAAGCAAUCUAACUCUUUCUAUUACCACGUUGUCUAAAGGCGAUAUAGUCAUGGUUGCCAGUGAUGGUUUGACUGACAAUUUCGACCCGAACGUGUGUAAAUUUUCUACAAACGCGGCAACGCCGGAACCGCCAAAACCGAAACGACAGGGACAAGUCAAACCGCCCAGAAGUAACCCGCCAGCGACACAGAUGGAACAAAAACCAACACCGCCCGACGCGAUCGCAACACCGACGGCAACGUCGCCGCCCAAACAGCAACCCUCUACCCCCCCUCAGUUCGCCAAACCCCCCGUAAAACCCCCGCGUCGCUCCAAAAACCGCGACGACAUCUCGCGGAAUUCCGCCGAACGAGCUUCGAUCAAAAGCAACACACUCUCGAUCAAAUCCACGUCGACCGUGGAAUCCAACAGCGUUGCCGCUUCUUCGAACGCGACGUUGCCGCUCGAGACGCACUUCGACGCUAACAACCCUCUGAUAGCUCAGUUCGUGCAAGACAACGCUGUCGACGAUGGUAAAACUAACAGUUUGGACGCCAAAAAACCCGUAGUCUUGGAUAACAAGGCUUACAGCUUGAGAAGGCAGCAAUCUAGUCAGGUUAAGGAGCAAUCGGCAACGCUGGGGAGUCAGGGUAGGGUUAGCGGCGGGGGUAGGGGGGAGGUUAGUAAAAAGACUGCGACGGAGAGGGGGAAGAGUGAGGGGAUGGGCGGGGCGUACAAGUUUUUGAGGUCAAAGACGUCAGUGGAUUUUAGGUCUCAGCCGAGCCCGAAACACAUACUGCGCAGCUGCGACGGCGUGCCUUUAGUCACUCCAAUCCAACGCUACGAACUUCAACUCUUGCUCAUAGAGGACGUUCUGCGUAACGGCAUUUCCGGUAAAGAUGCCCCUUGCACUUCCGCCAAAAAACUGUGCGAAAAUCUCGUCAGUUUCACCUUGAGCAUAACCUCUGCCAAAAGACACACUUUGGAGGACCCGGACCUGUACUUCGACAACCGUAACGGCGUCAUGGUGGAGGUUUCUGGGCAGGAAAAAAAAAUCCGGAGGAAAAGAGGGCUGGAGAGGGUUCAAAACUUGCCCGGAAAGCUGGAUCACGUAACGGUGGUUGCCUACAACGUCGGCAACUACGGGUUCUAGAAGAUUGCUCAAGAUUAUAGGUUAUGUCACAAUCCACACGACAAGGUCUGUUCUAUCUCAUGCCAAAAAUACUAAAAAUCACUGCGACACUGCACAGAAUGGGGUAGUUAAAUUUUUUCUGACCUAUACUUUUUAUGGUUUUAUUCAAGGCGUUUUGUAAUAUUAAACAUUUCUGUGAAAUCAGAAUUUCAAUUGAGUUUACCGUUUUCGAGAUAUUUACAA